AUGAGAUUCUCGACUUUGACCGUCGGCCUGUUGGCCGCCCUUGCGCCCAUGGCAGCCGCCUGGACCAAGGAGGACCGCGAGAUCUUCCGUGUGCGCGACGAGCUCGCCGCCGCUCUUGGCCCCGAAAUCACCUUCUACGACUUUGUUGGCGUCCCUCCCUCGGCCUCUCUCGACGACAUCAACAAGGCGUACCGCAAGAAGACCCGCCAGCUUCACCCGGACAAGGUCAAGCAGCAGCUCGCAGCCGACCGUGCCAAGGCCGCCAAGAAGGAGGGCAGCGGCAAGACGAAGCCCGGCGUCAAUGUCGCCAAGGGUCCUUCGCCUGGCGAAGUCCGCGCGGCUGUCAAGCGCGCCUCGGAAAUGCAGGCUCGUCUCAGCAUCGUGACCAACGUCUUGCGCGGACCCGAGCGCGACCGCUACGACCACUUCCUCGCCAACGGCUUCCCCGUCUGGAAGGGCACCGAGUACUACUACAACCGCUACCGCCCGGGCUUCGGCACCGUCCUGUUCGGCCUCUUUGUCUUUGUCGGCGGAGGCGCGCACUACAUUGCCUUGUACAUGAGCUGGAAGCGCCAGCGCGAGUUUGUCGAUCGCUACAUUCGCUACGCGCGCCAAGCGGCCUGGGGCAACCAGUUUGGCGGCGUCGACCUCGGCGGCGACUUUGGUGCGGAUCCGUCCAUGGGCGGCCGCGCUGCGGUCGACACGGGCGCCGCCGAUGAUGAGCCCCAGCCGAACGUGGCCAUGAACCGCAAGCAGCGCCGCAUGCAGGAGCGCGACGCCAAGCGCGACGCCACCCGCGAGGGUGCUGGUAGCCGCCGUGCUGCGCGUCGCGGCCUUGGUACCAACACCAGCGGAGCUGGCAGCAGCGGGACAGCUACCCCCACGGCGCAACCUGGUGCCGGCCCGACCGGCGCCAAGAAGCGUGUGGUGGCCGAGAACGGCAAGAUUUUGGUUGUCGACUCGCUCGGUGAUGUCUACCUCGAGCAGGUCGACGAGGAGGGCAAAGUGGAGGAGCUCCUUCUUGACAUCAACGAGGUGGCUCGCCCCACGUUCAAGGACACGGCCGUCUACCGGCUGCCUGUCUGGCUCUUCGGCCUGACUGCGGGUCGUCUGCUGGGCGGCAAGACCGGCGCUGACGAGGCGAACAUUGAAGACGAACAGGUCGACCGCGAAGACACCCCGCUGCCGCGGAAGCAGGCCAAGGCCACGCGCAAGGCGAAGCCAGCAAGACCAGCCCCGGCCGCAGCCGCCGUUAGCGAUGUCGACGACAGCGAGUCUUCCCCGGGCAAAGCCACGCCCAGCACCGACUCGCAGGAGGACUUUGAGCUGCUGGAGGCAUCCACUGGCUCGCUCAAGGCCACAGGCAGCAGUCACAAUAAGGUCAAGGCAAACAAGCGCAAGGGCAAGAAGAAAUGA